GAAAGAAAAGGUGUAGUGUUUGGGACUUCAGCGGGCUAGGUUGGUUUGGCAGGGCAAAGCUCUCCGAACAAAACCCAGAAGCAUGGAGUCCGGGUGCCCUGAGUUGCUGGAGCCCCCAGAAGAUAUCUUCUCAACAGGAUCCUUCCUGGAGCUGGGGCUCGACUGUCCUCCGUCAAAGGGCCUUCAGAAGAGCGAACCUGACGAUCUCCUGAACCUCUUCAUUGAUCCCAAUAUGGUGUACUGCUCAGUAACAGCUCCUGGUAGCGACAGUGGUGUCUCAGAGGACCCUAGCUCCCCCGCCCCACAGAUGCCCGACUCCCCCGCCCUCUAUGAGGUUGUCUAUGAGGCAGGGGCCGUGCAGAGCACUCAGCAGGAAGCGGGGCCAGCCUUCGGACUCAUCUCCAUCCAGAUAGAGCAAUGGAGCUCUGCAUUCAUGGCGCCUGAGACCUGCACGGUCAGUGGGCUACCCUCUGAGGCUCAUAGACACAUCCUGCCUCGAGCCAGCACUGGAGCCCCAGCAGCUCCUGAUGCCCUGCUGUCCUGCCAACGUCUGUUCCUGACAGAUGAAGAGAAGCAUCUGCUGGGGCAAGAAGGGGUUUCUCUGCCCUCUCACCUGCCCCUCACUAAGGCAGAGGAACGAGUACUCAAGAAGGUCAGGAGGAAAAUCCGCAACAAGCAGUCAGCGCAGGACAGCCGACGGCGGAAGAAAGAAUACAUAGGCGGGCUGGAGAGCAGAGUGGCAGCCUGUUCUGCACAGAAUCAGGAACUACAGAGAAAAGUCCAGGAGCUAGAGAGGCAGAACACCUCCUUGGUGGCACAGGUCCAUCAGUUACAGAUGCUCACUGCUCAGACCUCCAGCAGAGCUGCCCAGACCAGUACCUGUGUUCUGAUUCUACUCUUUUCACUGGCUCUCAUCAUCCUGCCCAGCUUCAGCCCCUUCCAGGGUCAACCAGAAGGCAGACCUAAGGCUUACCAGCCUCAUGGAGUGAUUUCCAGAAAUAUCUUGACUCACAAGGACAUGACAGAAAGCCCAGAGGUUCCAGUGGUGAAGUCCCAACUGGAGGGGGGACUGCCUGAAGUCCCAGCUGCAAAUGGCUCUACGAAGACACAGUUAAAGCUGGGGACGAGGAACAGACCGACUGGGCAGAUCAGAGGGAUGCUGCAUGCGGAUGAGAUGUAAGCCUUUCCAAUCACACAAGAACCCAGAGGCUUCCCUGACUAUUCCAUCUGGAAUUCCCGUUUAGGCGUCCAUACCCUGGAGUUCUAACUCAUUCAAGAUUCCACAGAUCCACAGAGGCCAGGCUGCUUACAUGGCAGGGCUUCUCAUACACUUCUCUCCUAUAUUUGUGAUUUCUUCUUUGGGGAUGGGACUAACAGGAAGCAAGUUUUGACUCAGAAAUAAACUUUCUAACUAAAAUUCAAUCCCAGAAAAUUUUACUGCUUCAGACAAGUUCCUACUAUAGAGCCUAAACUGGUCUCAAACUCUGGUUCCCUCCCAAGUGCUAGUACUACAAGUAUGAAGGACCACAUUCAGCUUAGCUUUUUAUUACUGUAUAUAAGUAUGAUAUGUAAGUAUUAUUUUAUGUCUAAUACUCGUGUGAAGGUCAGGGGCAACUUUUUUGAUUUUUCGAGACAGGGUUGCUCACUGGAACUCACUCUAACAGAGAUCCGCCUGCCUCUGCCUCCCGGUGCUGGGAUUAUAGCUGUGCACCAGCAUCUCCUGGCUCAUGGCAACUUUUUAGCUUUCUUUCCUCUCACUAUGCAGUCUAGGGACUUCAAACUCAUGUCUUAGGCCUAUAUAGCAAACACUUCUUGAAUUCGUUGUUUGGAGACAGGUUUCUCUGUGUAGUCUGGCUGUCUCAAAACUUGCUCUGUAGACCAGGCUGGCCUUGAACUCAAGAGAUCUGCCUGCCUCUGUCUCACAAGUGCCAGGACUAAAGAAGUGUGCCACCACUGUCAAAAUGUUUAUGUAUGUAUCUAUGUGCGUACGUGUGGGUGUCCAUAGAGGGCAAUGGAUCCCUGGAGCUGGCAGUUGUGAGCUCUGCCAGACACAGGUACUGGAACUAAACAAAAUCCUCAGGAAAAGCAGCAAGUUCUCUUAAUUGUGGAGCCAUCUUUCCAGCCGCUGCACCAAGCACUCUAACACCUAAGUCACUUUACCAGCCCCAAAAUUUUUUUUUUUUAAAGAUUUUAU